UUGGCGGCUUUUCGUGCUAAUAAAGGGAAUAUUUCAAACAGGGAAGGCCUAGAGCUACUAAUACAAUUUACUAAUUGAAAUGAAAAUGGAUUAUCUUUGUACAUACGUAUAUAUUUAUGUGAUAUAUUUACAUCGAAGUAAAAAAGAGAGCAAGCGAUUAUGGAAUUGCAAAUGAUCCUCUCGGUCGCGCCAAAUUAACACGCACGCGAUCUAGUCAGGAAGGAAGACUUAAGUUUACUUCUUAACGAAGAAAUUAUGAUGGAUCGAGAAUAAAGGAAGAUCAUGCAACCGACAUAUCCUGACACAUCUAAGCAAAAAUAUAAGAAAAAUAUAAUAAUAGAAUUGUAUUGUGAAUUUUUUCAAAAUAUUGCGAGCAAAGAUUAUAUCUUUGGGGAAAUGGAACUCAUGCAUUGAAUAUCAGUUGAGAACAAUUUCAUUGCAUUUGUGAUACUAAUAAUUUAUAAAUUCUGUUAAAAUUUAUUACCAAAGGAAAUGUAUUACCAAAGAAACAUAGUUCCAAAAAAAUAUUGAUUGUGUAAAUGAGUAGCACAUAAAAUUAAUUUUAGUAAUCAUAGUUGUAUUAUUAACGGUAAUAAUACUAAAUUGGUCUUUGCUGGCCUGUAGAAUAGAUAACCUGAUUGAUAUGAAGGGAGUUAACUUCAUUCAUGUACGUAAUGCUGAAUGUAUCAAAUAUUAAUACUUAUGCAAAGGAUAAUGUACUGUGAUUGCAUAACAAAUUUUGAAGUACUAACAUUUUUUAUUGUUAAAAAUUAUUAACUGAUGAAAAAUUAAAAUGCAUUUGCUGAUUUGUAUUUUUUAUUAAUAUAAUUGUUGCACAGCAGCAAUUUUUUGUUAUCAGCAUCUCUUGAUUUAAUAUCAAAAAAGAAAAAAGUGCAAAUUUUCUAAAUAUAAUUUUAAAGAUUUAUAUUUUUUAACAAAUGAUAGAGAUUGAUGGUAAAAGAAAAACAAUUAUUUCCUUCAUAUCAAGUGCGGUCGACGCGGUUGAUUUAAUGUGUGUUAUCAUUGAAUGAACAAAUGCAAGUGAAAGAAAGAGGGAGAGAAAGACUUCUUGAUCGAUCGUAUAUUGCGAGCGAAUAGGCAAAGAAGAAUAGCAUUUUAGAACAGUUAUAUUGUGACAGAAAAAACAAGAACUAAAGAAGCAUGAAAAAGGAAGAAGAGAUUCUCGAAAGAUUAGCGAAACUAGUAACUCUGUCUGGAUAACCAAUUGUUUUACUGACAAUACAGGGAAAAUCGAUACGUAUCGAAUUGUCCUUCAAAGAAGUGUAUAUAAAGAAUCAUGAUUUUCAAUGGCCAUCGAGUAUUAGUGUAGCAGCAGUAGAAGUCGGAUUGUCAGUAGAAAGACACUGACAACAUAGUGAACGAUUGAAUCGAAGGAAAGAAAGACAAGAGGUUGUAUAGAAGAAACUCGUAGGAGGGGGAUUGAAAAAACGAAAAGGGUAUGGAAAGAGUCUGAAGCAGGGUGGAGAGGAUGUCUGGUUGGGCGGAGGGGUGAAAUUCAGAGCAAUAUCGACCGCGAAUUGCGCUUGCGUGGAAAAAGGCGCGCAAUCGCUGUUGAGGAAACAGUGUACCGCCGCGAGGAACAAGCAGUCAGUCGAUCGUCGCGACGACCAUCACCGACGAACAAUAACCCUGUUGUUCUGUCGCUCUUUCCUUAUAUGGCUGCCGUGGUUAUUUCGCAGCCAAUAUUCUCUCUUGCACUGAUAUCAAUUAUUUCAUCGAUCAGAAGAAAAAGCUUCGCGUAUUUCCAUACUCAGUACCUUGCGCUAUUCCACUUCUUCCAAUAUUCUUGUAACAGUCUCGGUGAUUCCAAUGCGCGCACGGAAGAAACACGUAUUUGUAGAAAGCUACCACGUGAAAAGAGAAGUUGUUGUUAGUAAGUAUACACCAAAGGAAUUGUAAGUAAAAAGAGAACAGAAAACGCCUAGAUAUUUCUACGAAAUUAGUCUUUCUCCCCUUUUUCUUUCAUUCACUGACUCUUUUAAUUCCUGUGUUUCAAUUAAGCAUAUAUAGGAUCGGUAAAUUAACUAUGAUUUAAGAUAUUCGCAACGAUUCCUAAAUCUUAAGCAAGGUAACACGUACUUUGAAGUAAUGUGUAAAAAGUUAAUGCUAUAAAUCGUGCAGACGAGGAAACGAAAGAAAGAGUUAAAGAGAGAGAAAAGGAGGAACGCACGUAGUGGGAAAGAACAAGAGAAGAGAGUGAGAAAGGGAGAAAAGAGGAAAUAUCGAAACGAUAAGAAUACGAUAACGAAGUAUAGUUACUUUACUAAUACAUGCAUAUGCUUCGCUACCUCUUUUGUUUCUAGUUCUUGUUACAAAAAAAUAGAUCGAAAACUCGUCUCCAAAAUCAAAAACGGUGGAUAAGAAACGCAUUGUACGAUUUUAAGUUUUGUUGCGAAAAUAACUUCAAUUACGAUUCAGAUGCGAGAUUACGAUUUUGAUGAGAAAAAGAGAAAGAGUGAAUGACAAGUUGCGAAUAUUUAUGUAAGAUAAAAGAAAAAGUUAAAUGGCCACACUCGAUAUGCAACAAAAUAUUUUAAAUCAAGUAGCUGGAAGUGAACAACAGCAGCAAGAAGAAGUUCAAUUAACCGAAUUAUUACCGGUGAAGCAAUCACAAAUAAGAGAGAAUGAAAUUUUUAAGCAUAUGGACACAAAUACCGAUGCGACCGACGCUUUGAAGAUACUCCAAAGUUUCACCAUUACCGAUAAUUGUUAUAACGAUAGCGAACAUGAAUUUCACUCGAGAGAUUUGUCUCCGUGCAGUAAAAUCGGACAAAUUGAUCAAGAGCAGCAAGAGAAUGGCAGACAAUGGCGAGAAGAUAAAAAAAGAGGAAGGAAUAGCAUCCGAAGAUUCGAAAAUGAAUCAAAAACACAGAAAAAAGUGUAUAAAUAUGUUAAUAAACAAUCGAUGAUCGAUCGCGUAGUGAAAUCUACGAAAAAGAGAACGAUCAUCUAUACGGUAGAAAAUAAUAAAGAUGAAGGAAAUGGUGACGAAUGGAUGGGAAAUCAUAAAUUCGAAGAAAACGCAUUUUUUGAAGAUAAGAAAGGAAACUACAUAUCGAAGAAUGACGAACAGAUAGAGUCAACGAUUUAUUUCGAUCCUGACAAAAAUAAUUUGAACGAUGACAUUUACUUGAUUCAUCGUGAAUUGGUAAACGAGGGACAAGGACGGAAAAUAAACUCGAGAAGCAACGUAGAGACAAUAUAUGAAAAAGACUAUGCCAAGACUACCGACGGAGCUUUGCUCGAUCGAAUAGCUUCAAGGACAUUGAUCGAAAAGAACGUUGAUGAAAUCGGAAAACGAUUCGAUGCUAUUGCUACUGAUCUAUCAAACACAAAAUUGAUACUCGAGAAUUCGGCAGAGGAACCAAAACUCAACUUUCGCAUAACAACGAUGAGUUAUCUCGUGGAAAACAAAAAUAAUAAUAGCACAGUUCGAAUUGAAGAAAAUUCAACAAGUUCAUUAUUUGGACCAAAUACCAGUAACAAUAUAGUUAUUGUCGAAUCACCAUCGUCGUUGUCGUCUGCGGUAUCGUCAUCGUCAUCGUCAUCGUCAUCGUCAUCGUCUUCGUCAUCGUCUUCGUCUUCGUCUUCGUCAUCGUCAUCGUCAUCGUCAUCGUCAUCGUCAUCGUCAUUGUCAUCGUCAUCCUCUUCGUCUUCGUCUUUGUCAUCGACAUCGACAUCGACAUCGUCAUCGUCGUUGUCGUUGUCAUCGUCGUCGUCAUCGUCAUCGCCGCCGUCCUCGUCGUCGUCGUCGUCGUCGUCGUCGUCGUCGUCAUGUUCAUCAUCUUCACCAUCAUCAUCAUUAUCGUUGUCAUUAUCAUCAACAACGUUGCCGCCAUGUUCGAAAGAAAAGGAUAUGUGCGGCAGUGAAGAUGGACAAGGUGAAGAUGAAAAUUCUACCAUGCACGGUAUUAAAGCUAAAGAAAAUCAGCAGAAAAAAUAUUGUUGUGUAGUGUGUGAGGCGCGAUUUAAAGGCAGCGGAGGUCUUCGCAAUCACUAUAAAAUCGUACACGGAGCGGGACCAAUCUUCAAAUGCGACGAAUGUGGAAAAGAAUUCCCGUUAAAGGAAAGAUUAAAAUUGCACGUGAGAACGCACACUGGAUUCAAGCCGUAUAAAUGUCCAGAAUGUGACAAGAGUUUCGCUAGAGGAGGGCAACUGGUGCAGCAUCGACGUACUCAUAGUCAGGUGAAACCGUAUCAUUGUGGUUUGUGUUCAGGGACGUUUACCUGCGCUGCGAAUUUGGCGUUACAUGUAAAACGACACAACGGACAAAAGGAUCACAAAUGUGAAAUUUGUGGUCGCGCGUUCGUACGGCGUGAUGCGCUUAAAAAACAUUUAGAAUGCCUUCACAGAGACGUGAAGUCUUUCCUCUGUGUAAUCUGCAACAAGACUUUCAAAGGUCAUCUACCUCAACAUAUGAGAACGCAUGCGCGUGAUCGGCCACAUGGUUGUGCCACGUGUGGUCAAAGGUUUGCUCAAAAAUCUCAAUUGACUGUCCAUCAGAGAACGCAUUCUGGGCAAAGACCGUUCAGGUGUCUGGUAUGUUGGCAAGCAUUUGCACAUUCAACAGCACUCAAACUCCAUACGAGAAGACAUACUGGUGAGAGGCCGUUUAAGUGUGUCGAGUGCAAUGCCGGUUUCACGCAACUACCCCAUUGGAAAAAACAUAUGAAAUGUAUCCAUGGCAGAAACGAACCGUACGCUUGCAAAAAGUGUACAAGUUUCUUCAGAAUUAAAAAUGAUCUAGAGUGUCAUGAAAAAACUUGUCACCCUGAAUCCGAGACCGAACAUGAUGUUUCCAGUGCUCGAACUACAGAUUUGAUAACAAACACGACGAUCAUGCCGACAUCAAUUUCGAUGACUUUACAACCGACAGCAUCCCUGCUUUCCAAUGAAAUAAUUAACGAUAAAUUCUCACCAUCGCCUACCAAAUAUAAAAUAAUGACUGUCGAAAGGAUGAGAUUGUUACUCGCUGUACUUCUGAAAAGAAUCAGCAAACAAGAAAGACUCGACGAGUUAGGUUUUGGUAAACGACUAAUUGACGAGGUUCUUUACGAUUCUCUGGUAUCUGCUGGUAAAGAGCCAGUGACAAACAAUGGUCAUAACGAACUCGAAACACUCACUAAGAAUCUUGAGAUAUUUCUUAAAUGGACCGUACCUAAAGAACAUUGGGAACAUUUUCGCAAGUUAAACAAGACUCCCGAAGAUAUUUUAGAGACACUGACUGCUACUUAAAGUCCUACUUGUUUUAAUAUCACCUACAUGGCAGUUGCUGUUAUAUAUUUACCAAAGAUUAACAAAGAUACCGAUUGAUACCUCAAAUUCUUUCGAAACUAUGAUCUAAUUAUAAAACAGAGGCUUUUCAAAUUCAAGACUGUCUUUCUCCAAUUAUGGAUCAUAUGAUCUUUGUAACGAGUCUUAUAUUAAUUUCCUUUUCCGUAGGUGAAGGAAGAUUUGAAUUGCGAAAUCAUACAUGCUUGUUAAUAAGCAUUCGUUAUAAUUUAAUCGUAAAUAACAGAAUUAUUUGUGAUUAUUUAUUAAAAUUUCAGUGCAUAGAUGUUUGAUUUAGUAUAAAAUUAGUACUUCCUAGUCCAAAGUGCAAAUGCAAUAUUUGUAAUAAUAAUUAAGUAAAUGGUUAUAAACAGCUUCCGUACUGUUUUAUUAUUAUUAUUAUUUUUUUUUUGUUAUGAAAAAUUAAAUACAAGAUGAUCGAUUUACGAAAUGAUAGAUGAACAUAUAUUUUAAUGAUGUUAAGUCAGUUUUUACUACAUAUGUAUGUUCUUUAAAUGUAAUAACGAGUUGUGCAUAAACGAGUAGAUUCGAUAAAUAUUUUAAUAUUUUAACAUCUAAAAUUGAAAAAUUGGUAUUAAAUUCUUUUUGUGAUAAGCUAGUUAUACAUUGCGUGCCAUGUUGUUUGUUUGUACAAAAAUUCGUAUGAACAAUCUGAAAAUAUAUAAAUUUUUAGACGAAGCGACAAUAUAAGCAACAAAAUUUUUAUUGUGAUGUAUGUGUGAUUGACAUGAUGCUUCAAUUUUAUAAGUUGAUUUUCGUCAACGAACAUUUAAGUAUAUCUACCACGUGUGGAUAUUCUUUUAUAGUCAACGGACUACGUUUCUUUCGAAGUGCCAUGCAUCAUUCUGUUUCUUGUUCCCAUCCUUAUAUUAUUGACUGUCUUAUUUAUUAUGUAAUAUUAAAAAGGCUGUGUUGCUUUCAUCAUUUAUAGAAGAAAAUAUGGUGAUAUCAUGAAUGUUAAUGAUGAGGAUUAACAUUAUUUAUGAUGAGCAACAAAUUGAAAGGUAUUCAUAUAAUAGCAAUAGAUUGAAAAUGCAUUUUUUUAUAUAUUUGUCGUAGCGAAAGCUAUAUAUAUAAUUAAUGAUAAACAAAGCGGGAAGAUAAGAGACGAGAGGAAAAAUUCAUUAGAAAAUAUUCUGUUGUACAAGUUAACAUGUACAUUGUACAUGAGUCUGAAUAAUGAGACAAGUGUCGCAGUGCAAAUUUUUAGAUAAUUUUUGUUUAAUUUAAAGAGGCUAAAUAGUAAUGCAGGCUAUUGUAUAUUGUUUGUAUCUUCAAUCAAGCGUAAACAUUCUAUAUUUAUACAUGCAUCGUUGCAAAUUAUUGCAUAAGUAUAAUAUAAAAGUUCAAUAUAUAAAUUUUAUUGAUUUUUGUUUGUUUGUGAUAUCUUUCUUGCCAUUUUUCACUUUCAUUUUCAGUUAUUUUUUAGAUUAUACAUUAAAUUACACAUUAUUUUCAUUCAAAUUCAUAAAACAACUAUCGUUUUGGGUGUUCUCGUAGAACUUUUUUUAUAUCUAAAAAACAUGCGGUAUUACGUGAAACUUUGUUGUGUUCGUGGCCUUACUGUCAAAUGGGAUCCGUCUCUCAAUAUCUAAAAGCCUUAUUAUCCUUAUGUAUUUUUUUUUUCGUAUAUUGUAUGAUUCUCUUUAAUAUAUAUUCGUCGGUGCGUAAAUCAUGCAUAUUAAUGUUAAUAUGUUUAAUAAAUAUGCUCAUGCGCAUAACAUAUAAUUAUAUAUUUUAAAUAGAGAUAAGUAAAUGUGAGCAGACAAUAAUGAUCAAAAGUUACAAGAUUAAUAUAGUUGAAAAGAACAAAAAAUAUGUAUACAUACACGCGCGCGCAUGCACAUAUAUAUGUUAUUCUUGUUUUAUUAGUAUGUAAUACAAAUAGCAUGUAUAUUCUUAGUGCGUUAAUAUUAUAAGUAAUAAUUAUCAAUUUGUUAAAAACAUUAUACUAGGCAAAUAUUUUAAACACUUUUUUAUUAUAAUUAUAUCAUGUUAAUUUCAUAGUUAUUUGUUUUAUA